CAGAUGUCAGAUGUCUAUCUUGUCAAUUCUUUUAAAAAUUUUUGGGCAUUUUCCUGCAUUAGUUUUUAUGAUAAUAUUCAAUAAAACCUUUAUAGUAGUUUUAUAUUAGUAAAUUCUAGUAAUAAUCUAAUUUAGUAACAUGUUGAUCAAAGUAAAGACCUUAACGGGGAAAGAAAUUGAAAUUGAUAUAGAACCAACUGAUAAAGUUGAACGAAUUAAAGAAAGAGUAGAAGAAAAAGAAGGAAUUCCUCCACAACAACAAAGGCUAAUUUUUUCAGGAAAGCAAAUGAAUGAUGAGAAAACUGCUCAAGAUUACAAAGUUCAAGGAGGAUCCGUUCUUCACUUAGUUUUGGCAUUAAGAGGUGGAAAAGUAGGCUUAUUGUGAUGUCUGUUAGCCAUGUAAGACACUUGAUAUUUUUCUUGUUAUAUCUAUUUGUAAGUAAACCUGUAAGAAAUCCUUUCUUUGCUUAGUUUUAUUUUUUUAAGGCUACAGUAUAUUAAAUUAUUUUCUUCGAUUCAGUGUCAAUAGAUAUAUGUUUUUAAUAAUUUAUAGAGUAUCAUAAGGACAUGUUUCGGUAAUACAAUAAAAUGCUUAUUUUUA